GGGAUACAUCAAACGCGCCGGAGAUCUCGUCACCACUCCGCCUCAUCUGUUUGGAUGAAUCGUGCGGCCAGGAGCUGUGGUGACCCGAGCGCCAACGGCGCGGAUUGGACCUAGAACAUCGUGUGGAUAAGUGUGACCUGGCCACGUAUGCUGCGAGUGAGGAGUGAGGACUCAGGCCUGAACUGACAGGCAGCGACCAAUCAGCCGGUGGCCAUGGCGAUGAUUGUUGCUGCGGCGGCAUCCGCCGGCAUCAAGUGCGCCUCCCCUGUCCCGCCUCGCUCGCGCGUCAGGGCGCAGUCGACGUCGUGGGCCGGCGGCGCCGAGGCGCUGGUGCGGUCGGGCGCGGUGAAGGCCGUGCGGCCCAAGGACGCGGCGGAGGCGCUGGGCGGUGAGGGGUUCAGGCUGCUGGACGUGCGGCCGCCCUGGGAGCGCGCCCGCGCCGGCGUGCGGGGCUCGGCGCACGUGCCGCUGUUCGUGGGGGACGACGACAUGGGCCCCGUGACGCUGCUCAAGAAGUGGGUCCACUUCGGCUACAUAGGGCUCUGGACGGGCCAGGCCUUCACUAAGAUGAACGACCGCUUCGUCGACGACGUCGCCGCCGCCGUGGCCGGCGACGGCGGCAAGGACGCCAAGCUCCUCGUCGCCUGCGGCGAAGGCCUCAGGUCGUUGAUCGCGGUGAGGAUGCUGCACGACGACGGGUACAGGAACCUUGCGUGGCUCGCCGGCGGGUUCACCAAGUGCGCGGACGGCGACUUCCCGGACGUGGAGGGGGAGAGCAAGCUGCAGUACGCCACCAUCGGGGGCGUGUCCUACAUCUUCCUCCAGAUCCUGCUGCUGCUGGGGGUCGUGAAAUGAUCCACGAGAGUGACGAGCAGCCUGCACAGUGGCACGCCGCGCAUCUCAUGAUCUCAUCUCCCUUGGUCUUUUGAUCCGAUCCCCUUUGCUUCGGUUUUUGCUAGCAGUAUCAAUCAAUGUACUUGGAAUCUGUUUGUAGGAUACGGAAUACUAGUAGAUUGCAGCUACGGAGUUUGUCGCGGCGAAGAAUGUGUCUUUGCCCUUUAUUCCUAAUGGGCCAAGACAACCGGCCAUUGCGGCCUCAGUAC